AUGGCUCAACUGCCGCCGUUGGUGGAGCCGCCACCGGUGGUGGCCGGGCACUCCACUCACCAUUCGAUGGAGACUCUGGUGGUAGUGUUGGCGGCGAUCACGAUCAUCGCAGUCGUUGCCGGAAUCAUUGCUCGUCUCUGCGGCGGAGAGCAUUCCGGUGGGGAACAUGACGUGGAGGGAUGGGUGGAGAGGAAGUGCCGGAGCUGCAUUGAUGGUGGCCUACCCACGGCCCCGCCACCGCUCGUCAAGGAGGCGGAGCCAAAGCCACCAGGACUCAAGAACCAAACAAGUGACUGA